UCUGUUUCCUGCUCGCACUAGCCCAUAUCCUUGAUUUUAUAUUAAUUUUAUACAUGACCUCUUGCUUUAACUGCAACUUCAGAGUCUUUUGGUUCCCUCUUGAUCUAAAAAGUACUGAAAACAAAGGAUGAAUCAAAAUUCUACCACAGAAUUAGUUUGCGAGGCAUUUGAGGCGCAUAAGAUGAUACGUCUUAAGCAUGAAGAUGAAAAUUACUACAGUUUCUCACCUGUGCUUGUGCAGAUUGGUUUAGUUACACUUUUCAAAACAUUUUUUCAGUUCCUUCUCAUGCCUUUUGGACAGCAGCGUUUUGUUUCGGAAAUCCUGGGUGGAAUUGCCAUAAGCCCUUCAUUUCUUGGACAUAUGGAAAGAAUUAAUAGAUAUUUGUUUGCACCAAGGAGUGUGAUGAUUCUUGAUACCUUUGAAGUGUUUGGUCUCGUAUUCGUUCUUUUCCUGCUUAGCUUACGGCUGGAUAUAACCGUGGUGAAGAAAUGUGGGAAACUUGCAGUUGUUAUAGGCCUUGCUUCUUUUGUGGUUCCGACGGUGAUAACAACACUAAUGGCUUCGUAUCUAAGAGGAUUCUUUAAAUUGGAGCUUCACGAGGAGGUCUAUGUCGUGGCUGUUAUUAUAUCAACAUCUUCCUUCCAUGUUGUUUUUUCCAUCCUUGAAGAUCUCAAGCUCCUCAAUUCGGAACUAGGCCGCCUUGCUCUCUCUUCUUCAAUGGUCAGUGGAUUGUUCAGCUGGAGUUUUAUAGUAAUUUUUGCUAAUUUGAAAGAAGCCUCGAAGCUUGGUUCAAAGAAAGGUAUAAUAUUAGCGCAGAUAACCAGAAUCCCCAUGGUUAUGAUCAUUGUUUUCGCUUUCCGACCUAUGAUGUGGUGGAUGGUAAGACAAACCCCUGAGGGACAGCCUCUGAAGCAGUCAUAUAUUUUGAUUAUCAGUACUAUGGUUCUUUUCUGUGGUUUUUUGGGGGAAAUCAAUGGUCAUCAUUUUGUUUUUGGACCUCUGGUCUUAGGCUUAGCUACCCCUGAUAAUCCGCAGCUGAAUUCUUGCUUGAUGGAGAAGAUUGGCACCUUUGUUAAUUCAUUUCUAGUGCCAUGUUUCCUUGUAGAUGUUGGCAGAGGAAUCAAUUUGUUCCUCGCCACAUUCAAACAUGUUGCAUUUGCGCUAAUGCUCAUCUUUAUAUCUACCUUGACCAAACUUUCUGCCAUUAUAGCCACUUCACUCUAUUACAAGAUGCCAUUUCGGGAUGCUCUCUCGCUCGGUCUUAUCUUGAAUUGCAAAGGUUUCGUCGAUGCACUAUUAUACAACGCUGCAAAUAAGUUCGAGGGUCUAAAAACUGAGUUUUUUAGCAUCCUGGUUGUCACAGCAAUGCUGCAAUCGGUGUUUGUUACCCUGUUAGUGAGACUUCUCUAUGACCCUUCAAGAAGAUAUAUAGCCUACAAACAACGCACAAUCCAGAACACCGGACUCCGUUCUGAGCUACAAAUCGUUGCCUGUCUCCAUCAACAAGAUGAUGUCCGCUCCAUUAUCAAUGUUCUUGAAGCAACCAAUCCAACCAGGGCAAGCCCCAUAGCGGUUUAUGUUUUGAACCUUAAGAAGUUGAUUGAAGGCACCUUGCCGCUUUUCAUAUCGCACAGAUUGAACAAUAUUUCAUCUGCUGAGAAAAUCGACAUUGUCAGCAACGCCUUCUAUCAAUUUGAACAGCAAAAUCAAGGUCUUGUUACUGUGCAAUGCUUCACAUCCUUCGCACCGUAUGCCACAAUGCACGACGACGUUUGCACUAUGGUACUAGAGAAGAGUACCUCCUUGGUGAUCGUUCCUUUUCAACGCUAUGAUAGCCCUUCAAUGAGAGCAGUCAACAGGAACAUACUCGUAAAGGCUCCAUGUUCUGUCGCUCUCCUCGUUAACCGUGGGAAUUUGGAUCGAUAUGUUUUAUCAGGUCGACUCACAAUGAAGGUCUGUGUGGUUUUCAUAGGAGGGACUGAUGAUCGUGAGACGCUAGCAUACGCUCAACGCAUGUCCGGGCAUCCCAACAUCAGGCUGACAGUGCUCAGAUUAGUCUCUGUGGACCAAACUUUUACUGAUUUGAUAGAGAAAAGACGCAACUCGAGCAUGAUUAACGAAUUCAGGCUCAACAACAACGACUGCCCGCGUGUUUCAUAUAAGGAAGAGAUGGUGAAACAUGGAAAUGACACCGUUCGGUUGCUGGGAGCCAUGUGCAACGAUUUUGAUCUUAUUAUGGUGGGAAGAAGGCAUGAUCCUGAUUCUACACAGUUAAUUGGGCUAUCAGAGUGGGGUGAGAUUGAUCAGGAUUUGGGUGUAAUCGGAGACAUUAUGGCAUCUAAAGACUUUGAGUGCAAGGCAUCCAUAUUGGUGGUGCAACAACAAGCUUCGGUGGUGGUAGAGAUGAUUCAAAGCCAAAAAUACAUAUCCGUUUAUAAUUCUGAUAGAUAGAGCUAGUUCAACUAGUGUUAUUCGAACUAAUGUUACCAGCUGUCCUCGUUGAUACAUAUGAAGGAACUUUCAGUAAAAGUUCCCACGA